GAGCGUGAAACCGCGUGAGAAAGUUGCCAUUGAGGUAAAGCGGACGUUUGAUAGAGGAGCGUUCGUAUCGCUGUGAGGAUUUUCACUAUCAAAACUAACGAUAUAUUUAAUUCUUUCUUCGUGAUAUCCAAAUGGACUCUAUUUCCCACGGAAACCCAACGAGGAAUACAUCUUGCAGUUGUUUUGACUGUUUAACCGCCAAGUAACGACCGCGGCGAGUCAAGUGGGAACUCUUCACAGCAAUUAACUUGUGUGGAUAUGUUUCCGAUGUUCUGACUGAGAACUGACAGUUUGCGGCUCCGUGGCUUGUUGUUCGUUUGAUUUGACAGCUUGGUGGGCUCUUUGUACCGGAAAUACCCUGAAUUACCCUAAAUACAAACGCCUGAGUGACUGAGGUCGAUUCGGUGGUUCUCCUUUCUCUGUCACCUGGUUCUUACCCUUUCCCCUUUUUCGUUAAUGAGACGUUUUGUCGUCCUUUUACGGUCGCUGGAGCGCACGAAGAGACAAGGACCUGGAGACAGCGAGGAAACGGAGCUUUAUAUACACACCCUUAUUCGUUUGAUUCCUUGUUGGCGGGAUUUGAAGCGUUCCUUCCCCCGGAGAGAGAAGAUGUUUCCCCAGGGGCGACACCCGACGCCCCAUCAGGCUCCAGGCCAGCCCUUCAAGUUCACCAUUCCAGAGUCACUGGACCGGAUAAAGGAGGAGUUCCAGUUUCUCCAAGCACAAUACCACAGCCUUAAAUUGGAGUGUGAGAAGCUGGCCAGCGAAAAAACAGAGAUGCAGAGGCACUAUGUCAUGUACUACGAGAUGUCAUACGGCCUCAACAUUGAAAUGCAUAAACAGACGGAGAUUGCCAAGAGACUAAACACCAUCUGUGCACAAGUCAUUCCCUUCCUUUCACAGGAGCAUCAGCAGCAGGUGGUUCAAGCUGUGGAGCGGGCCAAACAGGUGACCAUGGCAGAGCUUAAUGCCGUCAUCGGGGUACGUGGACUGCCAGGUCUUCCACCUACACAGCAGCAUCUAUCCCAUAACCACGGUGGUGCCCCUGUUCCCCUGACCCCUCAUCCUGCUGGCCUCCAUCCCUCUCAGCUAGGUGGCUCAGCAAGUCUCCUGGCGCUGUCAGGAGCACUUGGUGCUGUUCCUCCCCAUCUGGCAGGAAAGGAAAGUGGUGACAAAAAACCUCAUCUUGGUGGACCAGAAUCUCAUGCUGCAGGAGGUGAUCACCUCAGAGAUGGAUUCAUUCAACCUAUUUUCUUUUAUUUUCUGCUCUGGCGAACACCCAACCUUGUGACCUCAACCACGUGCUUGCUUUUUCCAAUGGCAACAGAGCGAGAACCUGGCACAAGCAACUCUCUGCUUCCGGAAAGCCUUAGAAACUGUGAUAAGCGGCGCAACGGUCCGGACUUUCCAAAUGACACCAAGAAACGCAAAGUGGAGGACAAGGAUUCCAGCCACUAUGAUAGCGAUGGAGAGAAAAGUGAUGACAACUUGGUCGUGGAUGUGUCCAAUGAGGACGCAGCCUCCCCUCGUGGCACACCACUUCCGUCCCCCAGAGAAAAUGGCUUGGAUAAGGCACGUCUUCUGAAAAAAGAUCCUUGUAGUCCAGCCUCUACAGCUUCAUCGGCCAGCUCCUCAUCUCUCAAGUCCAAAGAGAUGGCAAUGCAGCGAGAUAAGGCAGGUACACCUGGUUUAAAGCCAAGUACUCCCACACCUAGAGGCGACUCUACCCCUGGUCCUAGCUCCACUCCUGGGGUCAGACCGAGCCUAUCAAAACCCCCAUCGAUGGAGAUACCCCAUCCACCAACUGCAGGUCUGCGGACUCCCCUGGCUGUACCAGGCCCGUAUCCGGGUGCCUUUGGGAUGCUGCCCCAUGCAGCUGGAAUGAAUGGAGAGUUAGCUGGUGCUGCUGCUUAUGCUGCAGGACUUCACAAUAUGUCACCUCAGAUUAGUGCUGCUGCUGCAGCCGCCGUAGCAGUAUACGGUCGUUCACCCAUGGUUGGGUUUGAUCCCCACCCUCACAUGCGAGUACCUGGAAUGCCCCCUAGUCUUACAGGAAUUCCUGGUGGAAAGCCUGCUUACUCCUUUCAUGUUGCAGCAGACGGACAGAUGCAGCCAGUUCCUUUCCCACCAGAUGCUUUGGUGGGACCAGGAAUCCCUCGCCACGCCCGCCAGAUCAACACGCUGAACCAUGGUGAGGUGGUGUGUGCCGUCACCAUCAGUAACCCAACCCGUCAUGUUUACACAGGAGGAAAGGGAUGUGUCAAGGUCUGGGACAUUAGUCACCCUGGAAACAAAAGCCCCGUCUCACAACUUGAUUGCUUGAACCGAGACAACUACAUUCGCUCUUGUCGUCUCCUUCCUGACGGUCGAACACUUAUUGUGGGCGGUGAGGCGAGCACGCUGUCGAUCUGGGAUUUGGCCACACCCACUCCCAGGAUUAAAGCGGAGUUGACAUCAUCAGCACCUGCGUGCUAUGCUCUGGCCAUCAGUCCCGACUCCAAGGUCUGCUUCUCCUGCUGCAGUGACGGCAACAUUGCAGUCUGGGAUUUACACAACCAGACACUUGUUAGGCAGUUUCAGGGUCACACAGAUGGAGCCAGCUGUAUCGACAUCUCCAAUGAUGGCACCAAGCUGUGGACGGGGGGUCUGGAUAAUACUGUUCGCUCCUGGGAUCUCAGGGAGGGACGGCAGUUGCAGCAGCAUGACUUUACUUCCCAGAUCUUCUCUCUUGGUUACUGUCCCACGGGAGAAUGGCUCGCUGUUGGAAUGGAGAGCAGCAACGUCGAGGUCCUUCAUGUCACUAAGCCUGACAAAUACCAGCUUCACCUACAUGAGAGCUGCGUUCUGUCCCUGCAGUUUGCUUACUGUGGAAAAUGGUUUGUAAGUACAGGAAAGGACAACUUACUGAAUGCUUGGAGGACACCAUAUGGAGCCAGCAUUUUCCAGUCUAAAGAAUCCUCCUCGGUGCUAAGCUGUGACAUAUCUGUGGACGACAAGUACAUCGUUACUGGAUCAGGAGACAAGAAGGCCACUGUUUACGAAGUGAUCUACUGAAAAUAUAAUAACUCCCCCAAACAUUUACAAUAUUCUAAUAAUUACUUGGACUCAAUGACAGAGGCUUGCACAUUUUUCUGUUACAUCUACUGAAAAAGACAGAAGAUAUUUAAUUCGCAAACAUUUAUUGUUCCUGUGAACAUGCCUCUAUAACCACUGGGAAUUUUAAUAGCGCAGUAUGCUACUGGUGGAGGACUAUUUCUGACUGGAUCCGAGUCUUCUGAUGAACACUAAAUUCACUGUAACAACCACAGGGAGACAUGCUUAAACUGGACUCCGGUGGUAAAUAUGUAAGUGAGACCCUAAUGGACAGAAGGAAACCAACAGACAGAUGAACAUUUUACAGUGUGUACAAUAUAUGCUGUUUUGUGUUGUACU